GCAUCUUUUUUGUCGAAACGAAUUUCCGUGGAUGACAGUCAAGUGGAUUUGAACAUUUGGGAUACGGCGGGGCAAGAGAAAUUCCAUGCCCUGGGACCAAUUUAUUAUCGAGACAGUCACGGUGCGCUGCUUAUAUACGAUAUCACCGAUCAACAUUCUUUCGAAAAGGUUUGA